AUGAGUGAUGUGGAUGAAAAUGAUCUAGAAGACGAUGGUAUUCAACCAAAUGCAUUUAUAACCGAUGAUAUCGAUGUUAUCUCACAACUAUCACAAGAUUUGCAAGAUGAAAAUGGAAUCGAAGCACGACCACCUAUUGAAGUGGAUCCAGAUGAUGAACAAUUACAUUUUUCUGCAACACCAGCGUUUCAAUCUCUAGAAGAACUCUUUCAAGAUGGUAAACUAACAGGAACUCAAGUAGCUCUUCUCAAAUCAAAAUAUAUCGAGCUUCAAGAUGCUCUUCAACAAUCUCGUAAAACCGAAGCAAAAUUACGACAAGAAGAAAAUUUUUGUUUAUCUGAAAUUGAACGACAGAAACGUGUAUUAGAAGAAGGCGAAUCAUUUCCCGAUAAAUUAACAACAGAAGUAUCACAAAGACGAAAAGAUCUUUUAAAAUAUAGUAAUGAUUUAGCGUGCACAAAUGAACGACUAUUUGAUCUUGAAUAUAAAAUUAAAGCUUUGGAAGAAGAUAAAAAAGCAUUAGAAAAAGAAUAUUCUCGUAUUCCAAAUCAAAAUCAUAUUGAUCAAGAAUUAAAUAAUUUAAAUAAAGAUUGUGAUGAAUUACGUCGACAAAUUGGACAAAAAAUGUCCGAAAUUAAUGAUCAAUCAAUCCAAUUGCUCGAUAAACGAAAAAAAUAUGGUGUUAGCGGUAAACAAUAUGAUGAAUUAAUACACAAUUUACAAACAUUAGAAUCUGAAUACAUUCAAGUGACAUUAAAACCCGGUGAAUUAUUAAAACAAGCAGACACAAUGUCAUUACAAAGAGAUCAAUGUGAACGUGAAAUUGAAGAUGUUGACACAAAAUUAAAUGAACAAUCAAUGACUCUUCAACGAUUGAAAGAAGAUAUUGAAAAAUUCAAAACAUUGAGUAAUAAAGAAUCAAAAUUAUUAGAUCAACAAUCACAACAACAUGAACGACUUGAUGAAGAAAUAAAAAAUGUUCUCAGUUUAACAGCAUUUGAAGAAGCAAAAUUAGCUAAAGGACAAUUAGAUGAACGUCAAUCAACAGAAGCUGUUAAAAGUACAAUUCAAAGUGGAAAACAAUUACGUGAACAACAUUCAAAAUUACAAAAACAAAAAGAACGUCUACUACGAGAAUUAAAACGUGCUGAAGCACAAUUAAGAAAUUCAAAAGAUGAAUUAUCAAGUGCUACAUUAACAUUUGAAAAAUUACAAAUGAAGCGUGGUGCAAUGCCUAAUGAUGUUGGCGAUUUAGAAGCGAAAGAAGAUCAUUUAAAAGAGGAAAUUGGUAGUUUAACAAAAAAUCAUGAAAAACAGGAAAAAGAGAUAAUUGUUAAACAAAGUAUGUUAAUAACGGCACAAAAAGAACAUGAAGAAGUAUUAUUAAAACAAAGUGAUUAUAGACGUGAUGCUGUUUCAAUGGCCCAUUUUGCGUCUGUUGUUUCAAAUGAAAAAGAACAAAAAUGUCGAGAAAAAAUGAAAGCAAAAAAUCGUUUACAAGCAGUUCAAGAAGAUUUUCAACGAAAAGUAGGAGAAUUAAAUGAACAUCAAAAACGAAUUACUGAUUUAGAUUUUAAACUCAAAGAGUUUGCCUCUAUGUAUGAUAUUAUUAAAAAUGAACGAAAUAAAUGUGUGAAUUUAAUUCAAAUAAAUAGUCAAAAAUCAAAUGAAAUGAAAGAAAAAUUAAAAAUUCUUCAAAAUGAAAUUGAAAUAUUACGUACAAAAUUAACAAUUUUAGAAAAAGAUUUACAGAAAAAGAAUCUUUUAGUAUUAGCGUCCGUUGUUGAACGUGAUCGUGAAAAAACACGUGUAGAAAAACAACGAUCAUAUUUAAGAGAAUUAAAUAUACAAGAUCAACAGCAAACAUUAGAAAAUAGAAAUUAUAAUAAUUUAAUUGCAUUUGCUGAAAAAGAACUUGUAAGAUUACGAAAAGAUUAUGAUGUUGCCGUUUUGGAUAGAAAUGAAAGAAGUGUACAAUUAAUUGAACGUUAUAAUGAAGAAGUUGUAUUUCAAGAAAAAGUGAAUGUUCAAGAUCAUAAAAUAAAAAAUGCUGAUAUUGAAUUAUCUGGACGAGUGGAUGAAUUAAAACUUUUAGAUUUACAAAUACAAGAAGAAAAACGUGAAAUAACAUUAUAUUCAAAAAAAUUACCGGUUAAACGAGCACUCGAUCAAGAAUUAGAAUUGUAUAGAAUAUGUCUUGAAGUAUGUCAAGAACGUUUAAUUGAUUUAGAAAAACUGUUAGAAAAUCCAAGUGAUCCUGAACGAGUACGAUUUCUCGAUGGCGAAGAUGAUUCACCAGAAGUUAUAAUGAAAAAAUUAGAACAGCUUGAAAGUCGUCUAGCUGUUAAAGAAGAACAAUCAUUGGAAAAAGAUCUUAUUUUGGAACAAGUUAGUCGAUUAAUUGAACGUUUAUCAUCAAAAGCAGAAGCUGGAAAAGAUGAUACAUUAGCAUUGGCUAAAAAAGUAAAUGAUUUACAAAAUAAAAUUAAAGAUAUUACACGUAAAAUGAUGGCAACUGUCGCUGAAUUAUCAGUUCAACAAGGCGAUGCACUUAAAUUACAACAAGAAAAAAAUGGCAAAGAUAUUGAACUUCAACAAUGUUAUGUUAGAAUGGAACAAGGUGAACCACCGAGUCCAGAAAUAUUUCAAGAAUGGCAAAGAUUUAUUGAAACAGAGAAACGACGUCUAAAUGAAAGAGAAACACGUGAACAAAAUGAACGUGAAACUGAACAUUUCUUAUUACCUGGAGGUGUGAUGACACAAGCAGAGCCUCGACCACAAGCCUACGCACCGGGUGAUGAUGUCGAUAUUCAAGUGGCUAGACCUUAUGGUGCACAUGCACCAUUUAAACCAAGUGAACCGGGUGCUAAUAUGCGUCAUAUAAGAAAACCAAAUCCAAAACCAAUUGAAAUUUAA